AUGGCAACCGCAAUGCAGAAACGACUCGAGGGAAAGACAAUUGUCAUUACAGGUGCUUCAUCAGGCAUUGGGAAAAGCACAGCAUUGGAAUUCGCUCGAACUUCACCUACGAAUUUGAAAUUGAUAUUGACCGCUAGGAGAGUUGAUAUGUUAGAAGAAUUGGCUAAAAAGAUCAUGGAAGAAGCUGGCCCUGGAGUUAAGAUACUGCCAGUGCAGAUGGACGUCAGCAAGUCCAGCGACGUGAAGCAUUUUGUGGGAAACCUGCCAGAGGAAUUCAAACAGAUUGAUGUACUUGUGAACAAUGCGGGCCUGGUGAAGGGGGUGGAUCAAGCACCAAAUAUCAAAGAUGAAGAUAUCGAGACCAUGUUCUCUACAAACGUUACUGGCUUGAUCAAUAUGACGCAAGCCAUCCUACCGAUCUUCAAGAAGCGCUCGGAAGGAGGCAGGGGUGACAUAAUCAAUAUUGGGUCGAUUGCUGGGAGAGAUCCUUACCCAAAUGGCUCAAUAUAUUGCGCUACGAAGGCGGCCGUGUCGAGUUUUACAGAUGCAAUGAGGAGAGAGUUGAUCAAUACAAGAAUAAGAGUGAUGGAAGUCGCUCCGGGUCAAGUGAAGACUUUCUCUCUUGUCCGCUUUUACGGGGACGAAGCCAAAGCAGACGCUGUGUACAAGGGAUGUGAGCCAUUGACGCCAAAGGAUAUCGCCGAGGUAGUCGUGUUCAAUGCUGGGAGAAGAGAAAAUGUGGUCAUUGCAGACUCAUUGAUCUUCCCAAACCACCAGGCUGCUGCCACUGUCAUGCAUAAGAAAUCGUGA